AUGCCCACGGACUUGGCGGCCUUUUGGGCCUUGAGAAAGUCUCGACAGGCCAUGAUGACGUGCCACUUGCCGCUCUCGGCUAGGGCCUUGGCCGUGGCCAGGCCCAGGCCCGAUGAGGCGCCCGUGAUUAUUACGGUGCCCUUUCGUAAGGUUUUCUUGCCUUGGAAGGACGUGGGGGUGAUCGUUGGUGACGUGGCAACGGCUAGAGUACGAACGGAAGCUUUGACAUUGUCCGAGAGUGAAAUUCCAAAGAGGUUUGACUCCUUCAGAGAUGCACCACAUUUUGCCUGCAGAGAUUAA